CGACAAGGACGACAAGGACGAGACGACGAUGGACCUACUGGACGAACUCGAUGCGCUGCUCGCGGAAGAGCGAUCGACGCAGCAUGAGACGCGCCCGUGGGCGCAAUGCCUAAGCGGCCAUGCACCGCUGGCCCCGCUCCUACAUCCCGCAGGCACGGCGGCGUCGCAUCCGGUGCUGCUGCCGUUCCCGCUCGUGGCAUCGCUGUCGACGACGGAUGACGACGAGGCGCCGUUGGAUCCGCUGGCGAGCGCACUGGCGAGCGAGCAAGCUCCUCUCGUGUGGCAGGCCAACCCGAGCCGCUUGUUGGUCGAAGUCCCGCUCUCGCUGCACCGCGCCGACAUCACGCCCGUCACGUCGCGCAUGGUGCUCGAGCCGACGAACCUCACGUACGCCUUUGGCCGUGUCGUGCACGACGAACGCUCGAUGGCCGAGACGUCCAACUCGAUGCUGCGCAAGCCGACGCACUUGCAAGAGUACGCGCGCGGCAAGAUCGGCAACGUCCCUUUCGCGCCGGGCGGCGAGUCGCUCAUGAAAUCGACGACGACGCCGACGUCGGCGGACGCAGCGGUCGCCGACGAGGCCUCGCUGCUCAAGCACGCAAUCGCCAACGAGAUGCAGGACCUCGCACAGCGUGCACUGGCGGCGGGCAACAGCACCAACGCCACCUCGGCCGACUGGAGCAGCCUGCUUGUCGACGCACCGGGGCUCUCGCACGGCUUGACGCACGAGGACGUUGCGCGUCUGACGCGUGGCGCGUCGCCCCACGAGGCGGCGGCGCACAAAGCACCGGCGCCUGUGACCGUGGGCGUCAACCCGAGUACCCUUUUGCAGCCCUACUACACCGUCAUCUCGGACGAAGCGUCGAUGCAGUCGCUGCAACGCUCGAUUGCCGACGAAAAGGCCGUCUUGGCCAUGACGUCCAACACGCUCUCGAUCCAGAGUCUACUGACAGACAAUGACGACGACGACAUGGACGUCCUCGACGCCGUGGACCCUGCCGACGUCGCGCCCGAGACGCCGGAACCAGCGCCGACGCCGUCCUUGGCCUUUGCCGCGGCCAGUGCGAGUGACAUGACAGUCGAAGACGCUGACGUCGAUGUGACGCUGGACGCCGUCAUGACCUUUAUGGACAAUAUGGUGACGCCAACGCCGACGCCGGUCCUCGAGUGGGCAAGCGCCGAGCCCAUUGACGUCUCCAACUUUGGCGCCAAGGUGCCGGACAUGGCUAUGUCGUUUCCGUUCGAGCUCGACUCGUUUCAGAAGCAAGCGGUCGUGCAUUUGGAGAACCACGACUGCGUGUUCAUCGCGGCGCACACGUCGGCAGGCAAAACGGUGGUCGCCGAAUAUGCGAUCGCCAUGUCGCAAAAGCACAUGACGCGCACGAUCUACACGUCGCCGAUCAAGGCGCUUUCGAACCAAAAGUACCGUGAUUUCCGGACAAAAUUCGGUGUCGACAAUGUCGGGUUGAUCACGGGCGACGUCUCGAUCAACCCGCAAGCGAGCUGCCUCGUCAUGACGACGGAGAUUCUGCGAUCCAUGCUGUACCGUGGUGCCGAUGUGAUUCGCGACAUUGAGUGGGUCAUUUUCGAUGAAAUUCACUACCUCAACGACUCGGAGCGCGGUGUGGUGUGGGAAGAGGUCAUCAUCAUGUUGCCCGAGCACGUCUCGAUGGUCUUCUUGUCGGCGACGACGCCCAACACGUUUGAGUUUUCCGACUGGAUUGGCCGUACCAAGCAGAAGAAGAUCCACGUCAUCUCGACGUACAAGCGCCCGAUCCCGCUCUCGCACCACCUCUAUGCGGCCGGUGAGGUACUCACCGUGAUGGACCCGCAAGGCCAGUUUCUCUCGACCAACUACUCGGCCGCAGUGCAGCGUCUCAAGCCAAAGGACUCCAAGACAGGCCCAGGCCGCGGCAGUGGCGGGCGUGGCGGCGGCGGCGGACGUGGCGGCGGUGACAAGGCCGACUGGACCAAGCUCAUCCGCAUCCUUCAAGAGAAGCAGUUGCUGCCCGUCGUGGUGUUUGCGUUCAGCAAGCGCCUCUGCGAAGAGUCGGCGCACCGUCUCUCGGGCAUGGACUUGAGCUCGGCGUCCGAGCGCUCUGAGAUCCAUCUCUUUUGCAAUGCCAGCAUUAGCCGUCUCCAGGGCUUGGACCAGCACUUGCCGCAAGUGCUCCAAGUGCGCGAAAUGCUCUUGCGUGGCAUUGGCGUGCACCACGGUGGUCUGCUUCCGAUCCUCAAGGAGAUGGUUGAAAUUCUGUUUGCCCGAGGCUUGGUCAAGGUGCUCUUUUCGACCGAGACGUUUGCCAUGGGCGUCAAUAUGCCCGCGCGCACGGUUGUGUUCAACGGCACGCGCAAGCACGAUGGCAAGGCGUUCCGCGACUUGCUCCCGGGCGAGUACACGCAGAUGGCGGGUCGUGCGGGUCGUCGUGGCCUCGACACGGUCGGCACCGUCAUCAUUGCGUGCUGGGGGGACGCGCCGGACGCCACGUCGCUGCGCACGAUGCUCAUGGGCACGCCAACGAAGCUCGAGAGUCAAUUCCGGCUCACGUACAACAUGAUCCUCAACCUCCUCCGCGUCGAAGACAUGACGGUCGAGGACAUGAUCAAGCGGUCGUUCUCCGAGUUCCGCACGCAAAAGGCGCUCGCGGCCAAGAACAUUCCGUCGGCCAUUCAAAAAGCCAAAAAGGCGCUGCACACGCUCGAGGCGGACCUCAACGCCACCCACGGCGGCCACCUCGACUUGGCCGAAGUCGAGCGCUUCUUCCUCCUCCAGCAGUCGACCAAGUACAAGGAACAAGCGCUCGUGCAUGCGAUUUUGAACUCGCGGUAUGCGGCGACCGCGCUCUGCGUUGGCCGCGUCGUCGUGCUCUCGACGGCCGGCCUGCCCGACCAGCUUGCUAUCCUCUUGCAAGUCGACAAGGCGGCGACGCGCACCGUGACGGUCCUCGCGCUGUGCCAUGCGUCGUUCACGCCGCCGGUGAUCGCGGCCAAGCCGAGCGCGAUGGAUUUCUUCAAGCCCAAGGCGCAAGCGAGUACGUCGAAUGGCCUCGCGCCGGGGGCCAAGGGGUCGCUCUUGGGGAAGCACUACGUCGUGCUCGACGUGCCGGAAACGUGCCUCAACAAGCUUACCAAGCACAAGUCCAGUCCGAACGUCCGGAGCCUCCUCGAGGUGAACGACCCGAGCGUGCUCUCGCGCGCCGUCGAGCUUCUCGUGGACCUUGAGACGUCGCUGCCGCUCUUUUUGAGUCCGCAAAACGACCUCAAGAUGAUGGAGCUCGAGUCGGCCGAUUUGUACAGCCAGGUGCAGCACCAGUACAGCCUCAUGGAAGCUAGCCCGUGCUUUGCGUCGCCCUUCCUCAUGCCUGUGCUCGCCCAGUACGCCAAGAUUGACCGACUGCGCCACUACAUGGCGACGAUGACGGCAGCGCUCUCGAACCACUCGCUGUCGCUUUUCCCCGACUUUCAGCAGCGGCUCCGCGUGCUCACGCGUCUCGGGUACAUUGCGUCGGACAACACGGUGCAGGUCAAGGGCCGCGUCGCGUGCGAGGUCAACACGUGCGAAGAACUGGUGCUCACAGAGAUCAUUUUUGAAAACGUCCUCGCCGAACUCGAACCGGAGGAAAUUGUCGCAGUGCUCUCGGCGCUCAUUUUCCAGGAAAAGACGCAGAACCAACCGACGCUGACCCCGCGCUUGCUGCAUGCGCAGAGCACCGUCCACGCCAUUGCUACCUCGCUUGGUGUGAUCCAGCUCGAGUGCCACCUCGAGAUCGACCCGACGGAAUUUGCCAAGUCGACGCUCAACUUUGGCUUGAUGGAAGUCGUGUACGAGUGGAGCCGCGGCAUGCCGUUCAAGUCGAUUUGCGAGCUCACGGACGUGCCCGAGGGCUCGAUCGUGCGCUGCAUCACGCGUCUCGACGAAGUCUGCCGAGAAGUGCGCAACGCUGCGCGGGUGAUUGGCGACCCGCGCUUGUACCGCAAGAUGGAGAUUGCGUCCGAGUCGAUCAAGCGCGACGUGGUGUUUGCCGGCAGCUUGUACCUGUCCUAGUCGGAUUGUAUCGAGAUAUCAAGUGGGAAACUCUCUCAAAUGACAACAGUACGCGAUUGCACCACGGUUAAAUAGUUUAGGG